CUCUACGACCUCGAGGACCCGGUCAAAACCAAGGUCGCGAAGAUCUGCGAGGGCAUCUACAAGGCCGGCGAGGUGACCUACAGCGACGAGGCCGAGGCGCAGCUCGCGGCCUACGAGCGCCAGGGCCUCGGCGGCCUGCCCGUGUGCAUCGCGAAGACGCAGUACUCGCUGUCGACGGACGCGAAGCUCAAGGGCGUGCCCGAGGGCCACACGGUCAACGUCCGCGAGGUCCGCGCGGCCGCGGGCGCGGGCUUCCUCUACAUGCUCUGCGGCGACAUCAUGACCGUGCCGGGUCUGCCCACGCGGCCGGGCUUCGUCGACAUCGACUACGACCACGAGAAGGACCGCGUCCUCGGGCUGUUUUAG